CUAACUCAUCCUACAUACCAAAGACUUCCCAUAGAUCCGUCACUUUUGUGCCCAUAUGCUUAAGGUCGUUACCAGUCCUUUGUAAUGGCUGAGGUGGACGUGGCACCGACCUUUGGUGCUGAGUUAAAGGAUGGCUUUAAACCCGCCAGCGCCUGGGUGGGUAACGGGAUUGCCUGGCUUGACGAUAUCCAAAAUUUCUACCGAGAACGGGCUGUUAUCGAGAAGGAACACAGCGCGAGGCUCAAUGCCUUAGCUAAGAAGUAUUUUGAGAAGAAAAACAAAAAGACGACUAGUUUGAGUGUUGGCGACACGCCUGCUAUGACCCCCGGUUCUCUCGAGAAUGCUUCUCUAACUAUAUGGACUACUCAUCUUACAACCCUCGAAUCGCUAGCAACCGAGCACGAGAACUAUGCGAACGAACUUGUACAAAAGGUUGCCGACCCGAUGAAGCAAUAUGCUGCCAAGUUCGAAGAGCUGCGCAAACGUCAUGUCGAAUAUGCCGCCAAACUAGAGGCCGAAAGAGAUUCCUCCUACGCUGAUCUUCGUAAAACUAAGACCAAAUACGAUGCCGUAUGUCAAGAGGUGGAGAGUAAGCGAAAGAAGACGGAGUCCUCUUUUGACAAAGCGAAGGCCCAGAGUCACUACCAACAGCAGCUGCAGGACAUGAACAAUGUCAAGAACACCUACUUGAUAGCUAUCAACGUGACCAAUAAGCAGAAAGAAAAGUAUUAUCACGAAUACGUCCCUGAAGUGCUAGACAGCUUGCAAGACCUCUCGGAAUUCAAGACUAUGAAAUUGAAUGCCUUAUGGUCUACCGCGGCGAGCCUGGAGAUCACAAUGCUGCAGCAGAGUAAUGUCUUGGUCGACCACUUAGCUCAGGAGGUCACGCGAAAUCAGCCGCAUUUAGAUUCUAUGAUGUAUAUCCGCCAUAAUAUGGGUACUUGGCAAGAACCAACUGAUAAGAUGUUCGAGCCCAGUCCUGUGUGGCACGACGACGACCUCAUGGUCACCGACGAGGUGGCCAAAGUUUUCUUACGCAAUGUGCUUAACAAAUCGAAGAGCCAGUUAGGGGAACUCCGGCGGGAAGUUGACAAGAAGAGGAGGGAAAUCGAGGGUAUUAAACGUGUUAAGCAAAGGAUACGUGAAGGAACAGAGAAUAAGGACGAAGUACAGGUCGUGUCACAGAUUUUCUCCAUGCAAGAAGAUUUGCAUCAAGUCGACCGAAAACGUCUUACAGCUGAGGUCGAGACAUCAACCAUUACAUCAGCUGUGGGAGAUGUCACUCUUGGAGCUAAGAAUCAUAAUUUCAAAUCGCAGACGUUCAAGAUACCGACCAAUUGCGACCUGUGUGGAGAAAGAAUAUGGGGUUUAUCGGCAAAGGGCUUCGAUUGUAGGGAUUGCGGCUACACGUGCCACAGUAAAUGCGAAAUGAAGGUCCCUGCGGAAUGUCCCGGUGAGCUGUCCAAGGACGAGCGCAAGAAAUACAAGGCAGAACGGCAAGCGGCAGCAGGAGCUCUACUGAAACCUCCAUCCGGACCGCCUGAGCACGUCGCGGAACUACCAACUUUGAGUCGGUCAAAUACUAUGAAUUCUUUGAGCUCUGGGUAUGCGGCUAGUGCGAAUAGGUCAAUAAGCGGCUCGGUAGCAAGCCCGCGCUCCCCUGCGGAAGAUACACCACCUGAACCUGGUCCUCGGCCUCCUGUAAAAAAGAGUCGCCUUGUCGCUCCACCACCCACCGCCUAUAUCAGUGAGCUGCCCGGUAGCUCGGUCUCGCCCUCAGCUCCGGCCCCAGCCGCUAAGGCUGCCGAGCAUAAGGGUAAGAUGCUUUACACAUUUGAAGCGAGUGGCGGUGACGAGGUCUCUGUGCCCGAAGGGCGGGAAGUAAUUAUUCUCGAGCCUGACGACGGGUCAGGAUGGGUGAAGGUCCGUGCCGGUUAUAAAGAAGGGAUAGUACCAGCGAGUUACCUGGAAAUCUUCCCCAACCCCAUCGUUCCUCAAGAUACGGGCUCUUCGUUAAAUAACCGUCCCGCGUCUACUUAUUCAAAUUCGGGAUCAUCAGUGGGCACAGCUGGUCCUACCGUCAAAAAGAAAGGCCCGGCAGUCGCGCCGCGUCGCGGUGCUAAGAAGUUGAAAUAUGUUAUUGCCAUGUACGACUACACAGCACAGAGCGAUGCCGAGCAUAGUAUGACCGAAGGUGAACGAUUUGUGUUGAUUAAGGAUGAUCCGGGAGAUGGAUGGGCCGAAGUAGAAAAAGGGGGUGCGACAAAGAGUGUGCCUGCAAGUUACGUACGGAGCGCAUAAUCUUACAGCGAAAAAACCAGUUACCUACCUACUUACGUUUGACUACCGGCUUUAGCAUCAGUUGGAGACUCAUGGAUCAUGAAGUAUAUGGAUAUGAAAUGGCAUUGGAUAGACGGCGACAUACUUACGUAC